UUUACUUGAUCAACCGGAUGCUUUCCAACAGUAAAGAAAGCUGGGAAAGGGGAGUAAAAUGGGCUGCACUCCUUCUCAUAGCACUACUGCUAUGCAGAAUGCAGAAUGUGGAAGCAGGCCCUUGAAGAGGGGUAUCUUGCCAGCUGAUCUGGAGAGUGAAGGUGUCUCAGUUCAUUCGCUGAUCAAGGGCUCCUCUUCUUAUGAUAUUGAUGACUUCAGUCAGGGAGUGACUCAGAGUAAAGAUCCUUUCCUUAAAAACACAUCAGGUGAAGACAAAAAUGUUAAUUUCAGUUCAUCGUCUGAGGAUCCUUCAUUACCUGAGGUUGAACAGGAAGAGAAAGACACUGACAGGUUGGUCUCAGAGACUGAGAUAGCUGUGUCUGAACUGACUGAGUCUUACCGAUAUGUGGCUGAAACUGUGAAAAGAAAGCAAAACUUCUGCAAAUCGCAAAAACCUGUUCUGGAAUGCAAACAUGAUAAACAAACUCCGAAGAGAGGAAAGAAACCAAAGAACUGCAGGCAAGGAAAUCAAGAUCAUCGUGGCAAAACCAAAGACAAAUCCUGUGCAACUAUAUGCCAGGAAGAGAAAAAGGUGGAUUUCCCAGAUCUGCUUGUUAAGGCCCAUCAGAACACAUAUGCCUAUCUAAACCCCAGCCUCUCCAAAUAUGAGGUGAUCUUGUGUGUAGCCCACCAGGCUACAGAAACACAAUUAAGUUUACAGCAGAUGGUGAGUUUUUUAUUGCUUUGCUUUGAUGAAAUCAACCACCUUCUGGAGGAAAUUGCCAAAGAUGGAGAAGAUCUUCUCCAACAAGUAGAUGGGAAUUUGUCUUGGCCUGCUGACAAAGGAAACCCAAAAGAACAGCCAGAUCUUUUGCAACAGUUAUUGCAGUAUACGGUCAACAAAAUGCAGCUGUUAAAUGGAACUGUGGCCUCUUUAACCUCUGAAGUCCUCCAGGAGUCCUGCAGCUUUUUGCAAUCUGCAGGUAGCAGCUUAGAAGAAAAACUGAGAGCAAAACAAGGUUUUGAUGAACGCUUGCUCAGGACAAUAAAACUCCUUGAAGCAUCUAUAGUUGGGUCUUAUCAUCCUCAUCCUGAUGACAGGACUCUCUAUUCUGAAGACAGUGGCAUUGGCAUCGACGGUGAAUCAGUCAAAGACUUGAAUUUUCUUGAUAAACAAGAAGUACAUGCUAGCUGUGAUUCGGAUUCACUUCAUCUGUCUCUAAAUGAGGCCACUAGGAAUAGAACAGGAUGUGUAGACACUGCCCUCCAGUAUCCAAACACUGGCAUCAGAAUUCCUCUUAACUCCAUGCAUUCUGCUAUCAUUCAUGAGGACGAAUGUGAAGAGUGUGAAUCAACUGAAGCUUCUUCCACAAGUGAAGAUAAUGAUGACAAUAGCUUAUUUGAAGCAGAAAGUGACAGUCUGCUGGGAAAAGAGGUGUUACCUAAAAAACCAACAACCGUGCCUGCAUCAAAAGACGUUAAACUGAGGCGUUCCACCAAACGAAUGGAGAGCCCUGAGAAGGAAAAGAUUAUAUUGAAGAUGAAAGAUGCCAUCAGUGAAAAGAUCAAAUUUGUCCCUGCAAAAACUGAAAAGAGGGAAUGGACAGAAGAUGAAAAUGGAAGAACAUCCCAGGUGCAACGGCCUAGUACAGCCAGUAGGAGCCAGAAGGCCAAAGUUAAACAGAGACGGUCUAGAUCUGCAGAGUCCCUUAAAAAUCAAGCUGAGGACCCAACUCUUCUAGAGCUUCAAAGAACUCAAAAGGUCCUCAAUAAAAAGUUGGAAAAGUUUCACAUGCAUAAUGAAAAUAAAGAAACCAAAUGUAAGUCUGUAUCCAUGAACCAAAAAGAACAAUCCAAACUCCAGGAUUAUGAGCAUGUUUCUCAUAGAUCCGCUACCAAUAAACUUAAGGCAUCUCUUGCAAAAAAUUUCAGCAUAUUACCGAGUCAAGAUAAGGUCCCUUUGGUUAGGCAGGAUCAAAAUGCUACCAGCAAGAAGGGAAAGAAAUGUGGAAAGCCUGUCACAGCAACCAUGUUCUCACAGGAACAAACAUCUAGCAAGGAAAAUGAGCCUCCUGGGAUACAGAAAGCAAACAAUGCUAGUUGCACUCCACCUCGUAAGUCUGUUAAAAAGCUCAUUGAAACCUUCAGCCCUGCUGAAGGCCUUGUGAAACCCAUAAGUUUGAGAACUUUGGGACCAAUGAAAUGUAUCCAAAAGUUUGGACUUCCAAGCAUUACUUCCAACCUCCCACUUCCAAGGGGGCUUAUCCCUUUAAACCAGAAACACAGAAUUUCACCAAUAGGAGAUCUAAAUUGUCCAAUGAAUCCUACCCAGUGUGCUUUUGAUCCCGUGGUUGAACCUGUACUCCUAAGUGGGAAUGACACAAAUGAAGAAAUAGGUGAAGAUAUCAUAGAAAACCUUCCACCACCUCCUCCUGAAAUGUUGGCGGGCCUCUCCUCUGACUCCACCGAAUCUGCUGAAGGUGCAAGGACAGAAAACAGCUGUUCAGAAAUUGCCAACAAGCCUCCCAAGAUGACUGAGCAUUGCACCACUAAGAAAAUUUCACAAAUUUCUCAGCGAAUGAAAGCUUCGCUGUUUUUUAUUGACUUGCUACCAAGUAAGAACCUCAACAGUCCCAACUACAUUGCCAACAACAUAUCAAAAAGCACUGUGGACUCCAAACCAAGGAAAUGUUCCUUGGAGUUGAAUUCCAUCCAUAUGGCUGAGACUCCAUUAGCAUCUCACGAGGACUAUGAAAUGAAAGAGGCUGCAGAUCUGUACAGGCAAAACCAUAAAAUAAUACCUCUUCAACAUCCCAAAGAGAUUCCAGAACAGAAUAAAAGAGACCCGGGAAACAAAGAACUCAAAGCUCCUCUAGCUUUGGAUCCAAAGCAAAGCUCAUCUGACUCAGUUGGGAAAGGUGAGAAAACAACAGGUUUUGUAAGGCGAGUUUCCCCAGCAAGGACCCCUCCUUCUUCACUGCCUAGUGAGAAAAUGCUUCCAAGUCCCCCAUUACAUCAUAGACACAUUCAUCCGGCUUUCUCUCCAGUGGUUCAUCGGCAGCUUAGUCCUCCAGCAAGCUCUCCAACACAAAGGAAAAUGCCUUCACCACCAUCCCAACAAAAACUACCUAGCCCUCCAAUGGGACGCAAACAACAUAGCCCGCCAACCCACCGCAAAGUAUUGAGUCCACCAUCCCACCGCAGAGAGCCAAGCCCACCUCCUUUCUCUACACCUUCCCCACCAGAUUCUCCAUCUCGCUUGCUUAAAGGAUUACAAAACAACUUGGACUCUGGGGAUGAACAGCAACCUGCCUCUCCAAAGAUUGUCAGCAACGUACGCUCCAUAUUUUGCCCAGCCACUUCUUCAUUGUUUGAAGCCAAGCCACUGUUGUCACCAAGCAGCUCUACCACAGAUGCCAUCCUCAGAGGCCAUCCCGAAAUAUCUAUGCAGAGGAAUAACACAGACCCCAAGCAAUAUGGAGAGCAACAGAAAAGGAUGGGCCUCAGUGUUACCAGACCCCAGUCUUUUAUUAGGAGAAGCUUCUCUGACCAUAGGCCGGGAUUCUCACUUCCAUUGCCAUUGUUUACCUCAACUAGUAGUGAACCUGUGCUUAACCAGGCAAGCAUGGAAGAGAAACCUAAGAAAGAGGGGGACCCUUGGAGCAGCACAUGUUUCUCUGAAGUGAAGAGAACAGGCAGCUCUUCUUAUCUUGAUCUCUACAUUGUAGGCCAAGGACUCCAGAAGGACUUUGGGAGCUGGAAGGACGGAGGACCCAAGGACUGAGAAUCUUUUAUAUGAUCAAACACUUUCCCCAAGCUGCUGAGUUUUUCUUUACAUGCAGGUUACUUGUGCCAAAAAAGAAUGGAUAUUGGGUAGAAAUAUAUUAUGCUUUGUCAGCUGCUUCCUGAUUUAAUAUCUUUGGAAGCAAUUGAAAAUCACUGACUCCAAUCUACUACUCAAAAGUAAGAUCAUCACCCUCUGGCCCCCAAAGUCUAAUGUAUACAGUACAAAUCACCAUGA